AGAGGAAAUGACGUCACAUCAGGAAGUAAAGCUAGCCCCUGCCCGAGUGGAUCCUAUGACCAGAAUCCGUAAGAUUUAUAAGAUUGUUUUCGGCUAAUAAACAUCGGGUAAUAAAAUAUUAGUGUACGGCAGCCCAUCUUAUGCAGAAGGCAUGAACGGCUUCUUGUACCGGUGGGAAACGGCAUUUAGGUGACCUGUCAGUGGCUUGGACAUAAUGUAAAAAUGGGGCUGGCUCUGAUUUACGACCUGUUUUGGCUUUUUUCCUUUCGAUGACGAGUCGUAGUAACGCUAUUCUAUGCAGCAACAUGUCAACCAACCCAUAGCCAUAACAAAUCAUGCUUCAUGCAUACAACACUAACUAAAAAAUAAUUUAUGAUUAAUUGAAUGUAACUUACCAAUUUAAUGCCCCACCACCACUACAAAUAAAAACGAGCUAACCAUGUCACUGUUGGAGCAGUCUCAGAAGUGGUUCCCAACUCAUGUCCAAGCCACUGUUCUGCAAGCCACCGGUUUGCAAGCCAAAGGCAAGAAUGGAACCAAUGAUGCUUACACUAUCAUCCAGCUGGGAAAGGAAAAGUACUCCACAUCCGUGUCAGAGAAAACACUGGAGCCCAUCUGGAGGGAAGAAGCCUCCUUUGAGCUGCCGGGGCUGCUGUUGGAGGGGAACCCGGAGGUGUACGAGCUUUGCUUCAUAGUGAUGCACCGCUCCUUGGUCGGCAUGGACAAGUUCCUGGGCCAGAGGUUCAUCAACCUCAAUGAAAUCUUUGACAACAAGCAACGGCGGAAAACAGACUGGUACGCCCUGGAGUCCAAGCCGGGGAAGAAGAGGAAGGAGCGAGGGCGCGUCCAGGUCAGCAUCCAGUUCAUGAGGAACAACAUGACAGCCAGCAUGUUCGACCUGUCCUCCAUGAAGGACAAGCCCCGCUCGCCCUUCUCCAAGCUCAAGGGCAAGAUGAAGGGCCGCAAGCACGACCUCCCCUCGGACACGUCCUCGGCCGUGCUGCCGCGCUCCGCCCUGUGUGACCCGGAGCAGCCGCCGCCGCCGCCGGGGCCCCCGCGUGGCCCCGGGGCCCCGGCCCCGCCGCCCGAGACCAAGGCCAAGAGGAAGCUGCUGGCCGGCUCCCACAAGCUGUCCGCCGCGCACUCCAUGUCGGACCUCAUCGGGAGCCACGUCCGGCCCAAGCUGGACUCCAUGAACUCCAUCGACGAGAGCGGUGGGCCCCACCGGCGUUCCCAGAGCGACGUGCCCGACUACGCCGGCGUGGAGGGCGGCGACGACCCCUUCGGGGACCUCAGCGACGGCCUGCCGCAGAAGUACGCCACGCUGCCCCGCAACCACAACCCCAACCCCUUCCAGGGUGGGGGCGCGGCGGCCUGGGAGCCGGGGGCCGAGCGGCAGAAGAAGGAGAAGGUCAGCCUGCUGGAGCGAGUGACGGGCAAGAAGGACGCGCGCAAGGCGGCCAACGGCGCCCGCACCGGCAGCACCAGCGACCUGCGCGUGGCCAACCCCUUCAGCGCCGACGUGCAGUUCACCAACCCCUUCAAAUCCAGUGAUUCAAAGCCAACAGCAAAAGGGGACCUCAAGUUUGGCCAGAAAACCAGAGAUGUCAAGAAAAAUGUGCCCCCCCGGGAGACGGCCGCCGCCUACAGCAACCUGUCGUUCGACGAGGUGGUGAGGGAGCUCAUCAAGCAGAAGGAGGUGGUGAGGAAGAAGGACUCCCACAUCCGGGAGCUGGAAGACUACAUCGACAACCUGCUGGUGCGCGUCAUGGAGGAGACCCCCAGCAUCCUGCGGACCCCCUACGAGCCAAAGAGGAAGGCGGGUAAAAUCUCUAAGAAGUGAGGAUCAAAGAACAAUGCCUUUUGCAGACUGGCAGAGGUGAAGGAGCAGAGAGAGCUGGUUAACUGGUACUGUAGUCAGGAAGAAAGUACUUACUGGAAAAGUAAGACUGUACAAAGGAGUUUGACUAAUGCCAAAUUUAUGAUAUAUAUUUUUAUUUAGUUUCAGAUCUUUUUUUUAAAUCAUUUAUUUUUACUCCGCUCAGAGUAAUUGAAUGUAAUUACAUAUGCUUUAAGUAUUAGUUCCUUAAGGGGAAAUUCCGUGGUUUCUUCUUUGGGAUAAAUGAUACAUCAGGUUAGGUUGAGUUUUUCUUUGGUUUGGAUUUUCUUACAUUUUCUUUCAAUUACUAAAUGAAACUAUGGUGCACCAUCUUGCCGAACAAUCAAAACACUUUUCACAGGCUCACCCAGGAGAUCCUAAUCCUUGGCUGAUACAGAUUGUUAACAAGGCAUUUGGGGGCUAAACAUGGCUGACGAGACCAAUCAUAUCCCCACCACCACCCCUUCUCUGCGCCCAAUGAUGCUUAAGGUUGUUGGGGAGUACGCGCCGCUUUGAUGACGUAACCCUAACAAGACAACUGAAGUCUCUAAUUAAAUAAAUAGCCUUGGCUAUUAAGAGAACGCCAAGUUCAGGCGUAUCCCAUGCAUGAAGUGGCAGCGUCUUCCUCGUGUGUUUGGCUGCCAUGUUCUAUGGAUGCCAGCAGCCCCUGGUAUGACUGGAGCUACGUUUGUGAUGAGCAGGUGUCCCCGGUCGCAGUAGUAGUUGGUAUGCUGUCUGCUAAAGGACGUGGGUGUCAAGGUGUUGAUCAUAUGGCACCCUCAAUAGCUCUGUUUACACCCGACUAGUGGCCACUACAGGCCCCACACUGGCCUCUGCAGCCACAGCCCCCCCUCACUAGGAUAGCCAACGCUGAGUAUUUAUUGGAGACACUUACUUGCUUCACAAUCUUUAUUUAUGAAUGUAAUACCGUUCAAUUAUUAAUCAUUUCAUUUCGAAUUAAGUGACCCCACUGAAGGGAAACCCCCAUUAACUGUCACUGUCAUCGCUCAGAAAAGUAUACCUCCGCUUUAACAAUGUGCAACAAUACUUACAGGUAGACUGGUGCAGAAGCUAUGACACUAACACAGUUUUCAGUACAUUUUUACAUUUUACAAGUGUAGUCCAAAAGUAUCUGUUCACGACCCAAAACCCCUUUCUUUGUUUAUUUAAAAAACAAAUGUUUACUUUAAAUACGCAUACACGAUCGUUGUUGUUAAUAUGUAUUAUUUUCACCGAUACAAAUCCAGAACAAUUUGUAGAUGGUAUUAACCGAGAGGCAGAAUAAUCUAAACUUUAAGAACGUGUUCCGUGGUCGACCUGUUCAUGUUUCUCGUUAAUCGUAGCUUGCCCUCUUGUGUCCGCUCCUGUUCUCCAAGCGGCUCUGUUACAGUGUCCUGUGGAAGUGACAGUACGCUGUGCCGUUCCCUCCUCCGACCUGUCCCCUUGGGGAUGACCUAAUGGGGGUCAAGGGUUAGGUGACUGUGGAGGAGAAGGAGCUACGACAGCACAGGACAUGUCGGCCCAGUGUCCGCCCCGCCUCCAUGCAUGUGCAGGAUCAUUGUCCUGGUGGAAACGUAUCCCCCUAAGUGCAGCAGAAGGAAUGGCGGGCCUGUGUAGAAUGGAUUGGAGAUCCUCUAUGGUCAUUGCGUGAUUUUAAUCCUGUAAAUUUAAAGUCACCAUUGAUGGUAUUGGCAGACAUUGCCAAAGUUUGUCUACUUGCAGCUAAAAAUCCUUUAUCCAAUGCUGAAAAUACUAAACGGACCUUAUUCUACUUGGUACGAACCACACAGACAUCCGAGCAUUACAAUAGCAAAGUAAUAGGGCCCUAUUUAUUAUGUCAGUAUUUAUUAGUUGAUGUCAAAAACGUCAUUCUCGGUAGAGAAACAAAAUACUAAAAUAGUUCAUUUUGAGGAAAGAAGUGAACACGAUAUUUCAUUUUCCCACAAGCACAUAAGCCAGUUCGUUAGAAUUGCCUAAAAUUGCCUUCAUUUUUAUUAAUUUCAACCACCAUUAUUGCCGUAAUUAAUACUGGUCAGUUAUGUGUUCCUAAUAUGCAUUCUGAUCUUCAAGCCCAGAAGCAUGCAUUUCUGUCACACAUUAUGGGAUACAGUUGCAUAAACCAGGCACAGUGCAGUAUACUGUUACACAUAACAUCUUCCGGGUGUACUGCAUUGUAGUUUGGGUAAAAUUAUUUUACUCUGUUUGCAAUUACUUGCACCAGAAAGGUGGGUUUUGGGGCAUGGGAACAAUGGUGAAAACAAUUGGGUGCUGAGGUUAAGUGCUUUUAAACUCAUGAAGAUGGCCGUGCUGGGAAUAAAAAGUAUGUUAUGAAGUAAAAUGUCACUUUAUGCCAGAUUUUAUUUUUGCAAAGACGCGUACAUUUUUUACACUGGAUAUCGGCUUAUAUUGAAGGUUUUCUUUGCGUGGUUUUGUUUCCAUAUUUAGCAAUAUCCUCCUAACUACAUAUGUACUCUCGGCCGGAGAAUUAUAAUUUGUCUUUUAUUAUUUUCUAUUGAAUUCAUCAUAUGCUACAUGCUUGUGGGAUAAAUGUGCUACUAAAUGUUGCUGGUAGUUUGAACUAGUGUUAAAGAAAUAUAUAUACAUGAUUAUAUUCGGUAAUGGUACUUUUUUUUCUUCUCUGGAAUGGGAAAGGCUGAUUCUUAUUUUAUUUUGAUACUAUAUGGUUUAGUUACUAAUUUAAAGGUUUACAUUUGUUACGUUGAAGCCAAUUGAAAGGAAAGGAAAAGAAGAGGUGUACAUUAAACCAUGCUUUGUCUUCUACUAAAUGAACACAUUUACACGAAACGUACGUUGUGUUUGGAUGCAUGUAUUUAUCACUCGCUCUGAUGAUCUGAGUUUACGUGACCUUACCCUUCUGCUCAUGUGGACACGUUUGGUCUCAGAUGUGUUAAUCAGAGAUGGUUUUUAUAUUUGACCUUUACACUGUAUUACACUAACUUACACGUGUGACAAAGUGAUAUACUGGAUAUAUUUGGAAUUUUACAAGUUCAAACAGAACAAAAAAAGUUGCAACUACAUAACUCUUUUUCCCCCCUCACCAAGUGUUAACCUGCUAAAUGUUUUUUAAAAAAAUGUCUGCUGCUAAGUAGGUCUGUCUGAGGUAAAUACACUUAAUCGCUUUUGUGAGCCCUGGCUAAUUCUGAGCCAACGUUUCCCUCAACUGAAUGUAUGGUGGUUGGCUUCGGAAUGCAUCAUUGUCUUAAUACUUUAAUUCACAAAGCUUUACACUAAUGAGUUUAUUGAACCUUUUCUUUACUUUUUAAGUUUUAAGCAUUCUCAAAGUAAAGACUAUUUUAAUUUUUCUUUCUUACCCUCGUGUUGUAAGACACAUAACUGUUUACCUAAAUUUGGACCAUAUUUAUUAUGUUUUUCUACCUUAUGUGACACAAAUGUCUGUUCUAACGGCACACAUUUUUACACAUUUUCAAGUCAAUCAAGUACUACAUUCCCUGUCUACAGUAGAUAUUAAAAUAAAUAUUUAUAAAAUGAAUAA